AUGAUCAUUACUCUUCGAAAGCAGAUGUGGGUUUAUAGCCACACUACAAUUGAUGGUCGAGGUGCUAGAGUCAUCCUCACUGGGAAACCCAUGAUUCUUCCCGAGGCUCGUAAUGUUAUUCUUCAUAAUUUUCAGAUCAGUGGUGUAAGAGAGAGUGAUACAAUUCAUAUCUUCUCUGGCACAAGACAAGUGUGGGUUGAUCAUGUAACCUCAUUUGAUGCCAAAUUAGGGUUGGUUUCUGUAGUUCAAGGGGCCACUGAUGUCACCAUCUCAAACUGUCACCUUUCUAAUAAAAAUUUCAACAUGCUGUUGGGAGCUUCAGAUAACGAUGUCAUUGAUCAAAAGCUCAGAGUUACAGUGUAUAGAAAUUGGUUCAAGGAUUCACGACAACGUAUGCCUCAUUGCAGGUGGGGAUAUUGUCAUGUUGUGAACAAUUACUAUAGCAAUUGGGAAUAUUAUGCCAUUGGAGGACGAGUGCAUGCUAAGGUUUAUUCAGAAAGCAAUGUGUUUUAUGCUGGGAAAAGAAGGGAGAUCACUCCAUGGUAUCAUUCCCAUGGUUCUAGCUUGGAUACAACAUCUGCAAUUCAAUCUAUUAAUGAUCUCUUUCUAAAUGGUGCUACAUUCCAUCAAUUUCUUGAUUAUGGAAAAUUAAAUCGCCCUCAUUAUAGGCAUCAUGCAAAGUAUCCUCCUGUCCUUCCAACAAGCAAGGUUACUAAUCUUGUUAAAACUUGUUCUGGAGCUCUUCAUGGUAGAUGGAUUAAUGUUUGUAAACGCGUAAGAUAA